AUGAGCAGCUCGACACCUGGGCAGAGCAACCCCGGCCAGGCAGAGCACAAGGGGCCAUCCUAUACUGUGGGCAUCCCCGCGACAGCUGGUGGCGACACAUUGGUGAUUCCUCGCGCCGCACCCCUCCAAGCCCAGCACUACUCUCAGGCCGACGCGACCUUCAACUGCGCUAUCUGGGAUAUCUUCCCCUUCGUCAAGGAUGGAGCGGUCGCCCCUUUCCCGCUCGCCGCAGACAAGCCCUUCAAGACGACCGACUUCACCCCAGAAAACAUUGCUAGCAGUGUUCCAGCUCAUGAGCACACCCGCAUCUCCACCAACUGGACCGUACUCAAGCACCUGCGCGCCGUCUUCCACGAUUAUGGCUUCGUAGGCCCUACAGACCUUGACAAGCUCGAAAACGCCGUCCUCAAGCGCAAGGAGUUGGCGACGAUCGAGCCCGUGGCCCAAAUGGUUACCCGUGUGGAAUCUCUCAAGAAAGAAGGCGACGAGUACGUUGGUCUCGUGGACAUGGCUGACUGGAGGCACUACAAGCAACGCAACUGGGGUUCGGCACUUUGGACGUAUUACACCGCUCUAAUGGAGAUGUAUCCUUGGACCAGCACACCUCUUCUGUUUACGGCGGGCGACGCUUUCCAGUAUGGCGUUGCGCUCCUCCAGCUGUGGACCAACAUCGCUACCACUGCCGCCAAACUCGCCUCGGCACGCAGAAAGGAAUGGCACCACGUGACCAUCGAGACCGCUGGUGUAGUUAUCAACAUGCGUUUCACCACCCACAGGCUGCUUGCCAAGGCCUACAAGACGGGAAAUGUGCUCAAUCCCAUCAAGAGUCUGGACUGGAUGAGGCUCCCAAUAGCAAUAAAUCUCUGGUUCGCUCACCCUCCCACGGCAUACUCCGCCAUUUACAGUCGCAUACAUCUCAACGACCCCAAGGAUGGCUCAUGGGCCCAUGCCAAGUGCCACACGCAACACCUGUGCAUGUCCGAUGCUGCCUUCAGGAACAUGCUUGCCGAGAAGGCCCAGAGAGAAGGUGGCCUUAGUAUUCAGUUAUCCAACGGCGAAUCAAUCAGCUUCAACCCCGAAACUCAGACCUUCAACGCGACUGUGUAG